CUAUGGACGGACGAAUACUGAACUACGAGCCCGAUAGACGACAACGUUAACCAUGUCGCACAACUUCGGUCCCAGUUUGCCUGACUGGCCAUAAACCUACAAUCUCAACCAAGGUAUCGCAAACAUGGCCUCAACACCCAACUCCUCCAACUCCGGCAUAACCCACACCCCAAACGGGGCCUCCAUUAUACCCUCCUCCACCCGCCCAGACGGCUCCGUACGGAAGGAAAUCCGCGUGAAACCCGGCUAUCGUCCGCCGGAAGACGUGGAAGUCUAUAAGAACCGGACGGCGGAAGCGUUCAAGAAUCGGGGCAAGGGAGGUGUGCCUGGUGCUGCCGCUGUUGCGUCAAGUGAGGAUGGGAGUGGAGGGGUCGCUGGGUUACCGCCGCAUAAGGCGGCCGCGGCGAAGAACGCGAAGAGAAGGGAGGCUAGGAAGAGGGCUGCUGUUGGUGGAGGUGGUGCUGGCGCUAAUGGGACAGGAGAGAUGGUAAAUGAUGGAGAUGACGCGCAUGUGAACGGUGUUGGUGAUGACGACAGUAAGACGACAGCAACCCAGGUAGCGGCGGAAGUAGACCCAGAAGCGGAAGCAGCGAAAGAAGCGAAGAAACUCGCCAAGAAGCUGCGACAAGCUCGUGAGCUGAAAGAUAAGAAGGAGCAAGGCGGUGAUCUGCUACCUGAGCAGUUCGCAAAGGUCAUCAAAAUCCAAGAACUCAUCCGGCAGCUUGACGCGCUGGGAUUCAACGCGGAGGGCGAUCGAAAGAGCGAUGAGAUUGGCGGGGCGGAGAAGAACGGGGAGGAGGGGGAAGACGGGAAGCCAGCUGGUUGAAAGCUGAAUCGUAACGAUUACUAUGAUGCACGGAGAAGGAUCCAAGGGUUGAUAACGUCGUUGUCACAGAAGCCGCGACAUGACGAGGUAUCCGUCAGCGAGCAACACGGCAAAGCUCACAUGAGCGGAAGAGGAGGGAGGCUUGGCAAAUUGUUUAAGCA